AUGUCCGCUGGGGUCUCAGGGGGCAAAAUCACCGCGCCUGUCAAACAGCCGACGUCCAAGGUUGCGCCGAAGAAGGAACUUCCUCCUCCCACGGCCCCGCGGAUAUCGCCGACUCUCUCCGCAGGAGAUGAGAAGUCCUCUCGCAAGGGCCCACCCUCCGUCCACUCCGACAGCGGCGGUCAGAAGUUCACACUCAAGGACCUGCUCGGCGCCCCCAAGCUCGUCCGUCGCUCCUCGGCCCGCUCCAACGCCAGCAGCAAAAAGUCCAAUUCAGAUCGCGAUGGGCGCUCGGACGCCGGGAGCACCGUGAGCCUGCUGAAGAAGUAUGGCGUAUGCGAGAAGGUGGCGAUCGGGAAGGGAGCGACCUCCGUCGUCCGCUUGGCCCACAAGUGGGAUCGCUCGGAGGAGAAGCUCUACGCUGUCAAGGAGUUCCGGAAGCGGAGAAAGAACGAGACGGAGAAGGAGUAUGUCAAGAAGCUCACCGCGGAGUUCUGCAUCUCGUCGACGUUGCAUCAUAUCAACAUCGUCGAGACUGUCGACCUCGUCCAGGACGAGGCCCAGCACUGGUGCGAAGUCAUGGAGUUCUGUCCCGGAGGCGACCUAUAUGCGGCGAUCAAGCGCGGUGGCAUGUCCCCGAGCGAGGUCGAGUGCUGCUUCAAGCAGAUCUUGACCGGUGUCUCCUACCUUCAUAGUCAAGGUGUGGCUCAUCGCGAUAUCAAGCCGGAGAACCUGUUCUUCGAUAUGCAGGGCCACUUGAAGAUUGGAGAUUACGGCGCAUCGACCGUGUACCGCCUCCCUUGGGAGUCGACCAUACACAUGUCUACGGGGCUCUGCGGCAGCGAGCCAUACAUCGCCCCAGAGCAGUUCCUGGGCAAACCCUAUGACGCCCGGCUGGUCGACAUCUGGGCGUGCGGCAUCGUGUACUACUGCCUGCACUUCCAGGAGCUCCCGUGGACGGUCGCGCAGCCGACCGAUCAGCUCUUCUCGGCGUAUGUUGCCGCAUGCAAUACCCCGUCGCAGUCGGCGUGCCCUCCUACGAUCAACAACCUCUCCCCGCGCGCGUGCAGACCGCUCAUCCGGAAGAUGCUCGAGCCCAAUCCGAAGCUGCGUUCGCUCAUCGAGGACGUAAUCAAGCACCCUUGGAUUCAGGGCAUCGAGGUCUGCCACCUGGCGGAGAAGGCGACGCACAAGCACAGCAACGCGGCGUUGAUGCAGACUGCGCCGGUGUCGUACGUGUCUUGA